GUGAGAGCAGCUGCGGGAGUCUGGACAUGUGACCCUCCGCACAGGAAGAAGAGUCAAGUAAUGAGUCAGAGUCCCAGUCCCAGUCCACAUCAGUCUCUGACGCCUCCUGCACCCAGAUAGUAGCAGCAUGCCUUGCGGCGCCGUGCUCGGCCUAUGUCAGUAUGAAACCAACAAGCUGGUCCGGAUCCAGAGCGUCCGGCUCGGCUCUCUGAAGUGGAGCCUGAACGCAGCCAUCCUGCUGUUUAUCUGCAUCAUGAUGCUGUGGAACAGGAACUACCAGGAAUUUGACCUGGUCGUCAGCUCUGUCACCACCAAGGUGAAGGGUGUCACUCAGACACAUGUGCCCAGUGUCGGGGACACGGUCUGGGAUGUGGUGGACUACAGCGGGUCCUUGCAGGACAAAAACUCCUUCUUUGUGGUGACCAACAUCAUUGUGACAAAGAGUCAGAAGCAGGGAAGAUGCCCAGAGGUUCCACUUAAUGGCAGAUUGUGUCGGACUGAUACAGACUGUGAGAAAGGAGCCUGGGGCCAGCAGAGCCACGGGAUUCAGACGGGAUCAUGUGUGAAGUUUGAUGCAUUGAGGAAAACCUGCGAGGUGUCUGCGUGGUGUCCGAUAGAAACCAAGACAACCCCUCCUAGGCCUGCUCUGCUGGCGGCAGCUGAGAACUUCACAGUCCUCAUCAAAAACAACAUCAGAUUCCCUGCGUUCAACUUCAUCCGAAGGAACAUCCUCCCGUGGAUGGACGGCGCCUACCUGAGCAGGUGUCAUAGAGGAAACGACUCACUGUGUCCAAUCUUCAGACUGGGAGACAUUGUCCGCGAGGCCGGGGAAAAGUUCUCUGACAUGGCGAUAGAGGGAGGCGUCAUUGGCAUUCAGAUCAAAUGGGACUGCAACCUGGACCGGCUCAUGCAGCGCUGCUCACCCACCUACUCCUUCAGACGGCUGGAUGAGAAGGAGAGCAACAGGACGUUGUACCCCGGCCUCAACUUCAGGUACGCAAAGUACAACACCGUGAACGGAGUGGAGGAGCGAACGCUGUAUAAAGCAUUUGGCAUCAGGUUUGAUGUCAUGGUGUUUGGACAGGCAGGAAGGUUCAGCUUCAUCCAGCUCGUCAUCUACAUCGGAUCGACGCUGUCAUACUACGCUCUGACGACUGUGCUGCUGGACUGGCUCAUUGGAACAAGAUGUUACUCUGCAGAGGUCGGACAAAGCUACACUGAGAGGAAAGUGGAGUCAGUCCAAGAUGAACACAAGUGCAUCCUCUGUGUGUCCUACGUUGAUGAGAACAACAUUCGACUGGUGAAGAGAUCACAGAAGAAAAGUUUACGAGACAUCAAACCGGUGUCUGUUCAGCCACGUAAGGAGGACGCAGGACAUCUGAGAGCUGUUCUCUGUCUGCUACAGCUGACUGGCAGUCUGGAUCAUGAUGCUGAGCCUCCAAUUGAGCGUAAAGUCAAGCUGAAGCCCAAGCUCCAUCGUCCAGCCUGGUGUAAGUGUGACUGCUGUGCUCCGUCCUCUCUCCCGCAGGAGGAGCUGUGCUGCAGGCAGAGUGAUGGUGCCUGCAUCACCUCAUCUCCUCUGUUUGGGCAGCUGGUGUUACAUCGCCCCCUGCUGGAGGCUGUACUUCUGUACCGGGACCCCCUGUCUCCUCCCACUGGUCGAGGCCAGACCAAAACCCUGAGACACUGUGCCUACAGACAGUACAUCAGCUGGAGGUUUGGGGUCCCACCUAACGGCACCCACCCUGCCAUCCCUAGCUGCUGCGUGUGGAGGGUCAGGGAGCAGUACCCAAGCCCAGACGGACAGAACAGUGGCUUUGCAGGGACCUCCCAUUGA